AUGGCCUCAACAAAAGAUUUAACGACUUCAACAAAGACUUUGAUGCACGAGCACUCAUCAACAAUAAAAAACCAAGGUAAUUUGUUGCAAACUCAAGAUGCUCUUUUCCAACGCCAUAGUCCAUCCUGGAGAGCAUUGGAGAACCAAGUGGGUCAAAUCGCCAUGGCAUUACAUUUUCGCCCACAAGAAAGUUUCCCUAGUGAUACUAAAAUCAAUAAACAUCAUGGAAAUGAAAAGUGCAGUGUACUUACACUAAGGAGUGGGGGACAUAUUAACCAGAAUGACAAGUUUGGGGGAAAACAGCUGGAAGAUUCUAGCCAAGGCAUUACACAACCAGAGGAUCGAGCUGAAGUUGUGGAAUAUGAUAGAUUGUCCAAAGAGAAAGAAAAUGAUGAAGGUUCAGAAAAUCAUCAAACAUAUAAUGGGAAACUUAUUGCCAAGGGCAGCAUUUCCUCAGCACCGACAGUAAACGACGUGGGACCUCCACCACCAUUUCCUCAACGAUUGAAGAAACACAAUGACAAAAUCCAGUUCAGGAAAUUUGUUGAUAGGAAGUUCGAAAAUGUUGCAGCGACAACAGAAAUAUGCUCUGCAGUAAGAAAACUCCUACAAAAGCAAAAAGAUCCUGGCAGUUUUGUAAUACCAUGCUCAAUUGGUGACAACUUUGUAGGACGAGCUCUCGUUGGCUUAGGAAUAGAAGAUGCUAUUGUAAAGGUGGACAAAUUCGUAUAUCCAGUUGAUUUCCUACUAUUAGAUUGCGAAGCCGAUGAAAAUGCACCCAUCAUCCUUGGAUGA